UAUAAACGGUCAAAAUGAGUGUAUAAUUUCAUUUCUGCUAGAGAUGGUUGAGAAAAGUGGUUUGAUUUCUGUGUCUGAUUUACUUCCUUGGGAGGAAGAUAAGGGCUCUGUUAUAGAAUACUUUGCUGGUGCUUUUCCAGGGGUGACCGCAUCUAGCUUAAGGUCUCGAUUUAAAGCAAAAAACUUUGAGGGUUCGUCGUCUAAUCAGGAUAAGGUUGAUGGGGGUGCCGAGGUUAAUCAGCCCCCACCGAGGAGGAAGGCAAUUGUUUUUAAGAAAAGGAAGACAGAGUCAACUUUGUCGGGAGAUAUGCAGGGUAAGGAUGAAAAUGUUCGGCUGGAUGAUUUAUCAAGUUUCUUGACGAAGCAGCAGAGGCUACACGUAUUUGAAGAGGAGGGCGAGAGCUCGUCUGUGUGGAGCCAAAAGUUUCCAUUUAAUAUUGUUGCUGAUGAAGUCGUUCAGACUGUGACGGACGUUAGGCGAGUAGAGGAGGUUGGGGAUAUAGGUGUCGAUCAGUUUUUACAGGUAUCGGUUGUUCUUGUUUGUUUUUGUUUUUUUUUUUUUGGGUGAAUUUUGAUCCGUGGGUAUUAGGUGUUGGG